CGAAGUCAUCGACAAUCGCGGUUCGGUCGAGUCGCGGCUGUGGUUCAAUUGCCGGAGAGGAGGGGCGUAUCCGCACGUGUGCCGCUUUCUUAUGUAAUCUACGUCUACAUACGACGCGUGUCGGCCGACACGGCGACGCUCCGCGAUCACUUCGAGUAGACAGUCAGCCGGUAGUCGUGGUCGAGGUAUCGCGUUAUCAAAGGCCAAGUAGGGCGGUCACGGUCCUCCUCGGCUCCCGACUUUCGAUAAAUACCACCGGUGAAUUUGACUCGCCGACGGUUUUUCGUCCGAUCGCGUCGAUAAAUCGGAGACUGCGACCACGGAUGUUCUUCGAUCACCGCGGCGCGGCCGUAACCAGAACCCUGAAUCCGAGAUCUCGAGAGAGGCCUGCUGCUUCGGAUGAAACGUUCCAGCGGAACGGGGUCCGGGUCCUGUUGCGAGAUGACGACGGCCAUUGCCUGCCUCCUGUUGGUGCUGUUUCCGUUGACGUCCGUUCUCGCCGAGUACCGCGACAAACGCCACGAGGAGAGCGGGGCCAAGUACAAUAUUCUGGGCAUCUUCGGGCAUCCUGGAAAAAGCCACUUUGACUUCUUUCGACCUCUCCUGAUCGAGCUGGCGAGGCGAGGCCACGAUGUUACGGUGGUCUCGCACUUCCCCCGAGGUCCCAAGGACGAGUCCUUGCCAAAUUAUAGGGACGUCAGCUUGGCACCGACGGCCAGGGACAAGAUCGGCAUGGGCAACGGGGUCAACGUGGUCGACCUGAGCAGGAUAAACUACUCGCCGUUCUCCGUCGUGAAGGAGGUGGCGCUCUUGAGGGCUUGGGGACUCCAGGCUUGCGAAGACGCUCUGAGGAACGAGGACGUGCGUCGCCUCGUCGCCUCGAAUGACACGUUCCAUGUCAUCCUGACGGAGUCGUUCAAUACCGACUGUUUCCUCGGAUUCGUGCACAGAUUCAAGGCGCCCUUCAUCGCGCUCUCGUCGCACCAGAUUAUGCCCUGGACUCAAGAGCGCCUCCGAGACCCGGAGAACCCUAGCUACGUGCCCUGCUCCUUCCUAGGAUUUUCCUGGAAGAUGAACUUUUUGCAACGAGUACAAAACGCCUUGACGGUGGCGCUAACGAGAGUGUACUUCAGGACCGCGUACGAGUGGCCAACCCAGGUCCUGGUAGAAGAGGCCUUCGGUCCAGGAGUUCCUCCCCUGUGGGAGAUCGCCAGGAACACUUCGGCCAUCCUCCUCAACACUCAUUAUUCGCUGCAUGGCGCGAGACCUCACCUCCCAAACGUGAUCGACGUUGGAGGCUUGCACAUUCCGAACUUCAAUCGGGAAUGGGGAUCGAGCAAGGUCUCGCUGGAGGAUCAACUGCCUCAGGACAUUCGACGAUUCCUCGAUAACGCGUCCGAAGGGGUACUCUACUUCAGUUGGGGCUCUAUGAUCAAAAUGUCCAGUCUGCCCGAGAAGAAGCUGCAAGCCAUCCUUCGAGUUUUGGGUUCCAUCCCCAGAAAGGUCCUCUGGAAGUGGGAGGCCGAUGACCUCCCCGGAAAGCCGGAUAACGUCAUGGUGGCCAAAUGGCUGCCUCAGUUCGCCGUUCUAAAUCAUCCAAACGUGAAAUGCUUCUUGGGGCACGGAGGACUCCUGGGACUCUCCGAAGCGGUCUACGCGCAGGUACCGAUGGUCCUGGUGCCCAUGUACGGGGAUCAGUUUCAUAACGUUGCCGCGGCAGAGGCCAGAGGGGUCGCCGUUGUUCUGCCGUACAACCUUCUGGACGAGAGGACCUUUCGAGAUGCCUUGGACAGAGUCUUUAACGAUACCAGAUACACCUCGAACAGCCAAAUUCUCGCGAAGGUGUACAGGGAACGGCCGUCCAGCCCUCUGGAGACGGCGGUCUGGUGGACCGAGUUCGUCGGGCGAGGAUACCCUGUCAGCUAUCUGCGCAACGAGGGGGCCGAGUUGGCCUGGUAUCGAUACUACCUCCUCGACGUCGUCGGAUUCCUUCUGCUCCUCGGGCUGGCAGGCGUUUUCCUGACUUACCGCCUCGCCAGGGCAUCGAUCUCCUAUCUCCUGGCCCUCUGGGAGACAUUCGUCGGGACGACGAGGAGACGCGCAGUUGGCGCAAAAUCCAAUAAAGCGGACUAGAGAGCGCCACCGUCGCGCCCCGAACUCGGGUAAUUACCCUGCCAAGGCACAUAAGGGGGCCGGUGAGUGACUAUUUGCCGUGCGUUUACCGAGAAUAUUAGUUUCUCCUUGUUUUUCCAAGUGCCGGGAAUGGCUCGGAAACUCGGCACCCACGCGUCCGGACUGUGGGGCCAGUCCUCGAAGCAGUCGGGGAUGGGACGGAGGACCGAAGAAUGGGAAGCGACGAGCACGAACUUUGGGCGGAAGGAGGAAAAGGAUUACGAAAUCUUCGCCAGUCCCUUUCGAGCGUUCCCCGUCUCUUCCCGCUCCCGAGUACCACCGUUUUCCUUGUUUACGAUCUCAUAACUCUCGAACCGAACUCCGCUCCGAAUGUUGCUCGCAAUCGCUUCGGCGAGGCCGCGCGACCGAUCGUUCCCCUCUUUCGAGGAGUAAUACCUCGGAGCGCGUUAUGCGCGCAAAGAGACGAGGAACGAACGAUGGAGCGGCGUUUCGACGUUUUCGCGAGUAUCGGACAAAAUAUAAUUUCGAAAAUUAUUUUAUCGACGUUACGCUAAAUCGUCCAUGGAGAAGGGCUUUAAUCGAAUCACUCGGCAACGGAAGCGGACGAAUGGUCAUUAUUUAAGGGAUAGGAACCUCAAAAAUAAAGCGUGCAAUUUCGA